AUGUCACCCGCCUCGAUUCAUAGUGAUGCUUCUGAUGCUUGGAGCUCACAGGUUAACUCGAAACCGCUGUUCAAGAAGAUCCUGAUUUCCAAUCGCGGUGAAGUAGCUUGUCGAAUCAUUCGAACUGCUAGGAAAUUGGGUGUGAAGACAGUAGCCAUUUACUCGGACGCAGACCAAGAAUCCCGACAUGUGAAAAUGGCUGACGAGGCUUACCGGGUCGGCCCAGCUCAAUCAACAGAAAGCUACUUGAACAUUGAAAAGAUUGUGGAGUUUUGUAUUCGUAGUGGCGCCCAAGCCGUUCAUCCGGGUUGGGGUUUUCUUUCAGAACGCGCCGAGUUUGCCGAACGAUUGAAAAAAGCGGGCGUUGUCUUCAUUGGUCCACCCAGUGCUGCCAUCAUCAGCAUGGGAUCCAAAAGCCAAUCAAAAGAGAUCAUGAUUUCGGCUGGCGUGCCUUGCGUUCCAGGGUACCAUGGUAAGAACCAGGACCCCGAUUUCUUGAAAAGUGAAGCGGAUAAGAUUGGGUAUCCAGUUUUAAUCAAAGCCAUCAAGGGCGGCGGUGGAAAAGGGAUGAAAAUUGUCUUGGACCCGUCCGAAUUUCAAUCUCAAUUGGAGAGCGCCCAGCGAGAAGGCGAGCAAAGUUUUGGUGAUGGGACCGUACUUUUGGAGAAAUAUUUGCUCAAUCCUAGACAUGUCGAGGUUCAGAUAUUUGGUGAUAUGCAUGGAAACUACGUCCAUCUACAUGAGCGUGACUGCUCUGUGCAAAGAAGACACCAGAAGAUAAUUGAGGAAGCUCCUGCACCAGGGCUGAGCUUGGAACAGAGAACCAAACUUGGUGAAAAGGCAGUAGCUGCAGCUCAAGCUGUCAACUAUGUGGGCGCGGGUACUGUAGAGUUCAUCUUAGACUCGACCGGAGACUUUUAUUAUAUGGAAAUGAACACCAGAUUACAAGUUGAACAUCCAAUUACAGAAAUGAUCACCGGGCAAGACCUGGUUCAGUGGCAACUGGAAAUCGCAUCGGGAAACCCGAUUCCAAUCUCACAAAAAGAGAUACCAUGCUUUGGUCACGCUUUUGAGGCUCGGAUUUACGCUGAAUCCCCGCGACGAAACUUUUUGCCGGACGUUGGCCCGCUCGUUCAUGUCAAGACACCCGCUGAAAGUAACUCAGUUCGGGUUGAAACUGGGGCGGAAAGUGGGGAUGAGAUUAGCGUUUACUAUGACCCCAUGAUUGCCAAGUUGGUUGUUCAUUCCCCCAAAGACAGAACUUCAGCACUUGCUCUUUUGCAUAGAAAACUCGAAGAGUAUCAAGUCGUCGGACCAUCCACAAAUAUUGAAUUUCUGAAGAGUCUUAGUAGUCACCCAGCUUUUAUUGCAGGUGAAGUGGAGACCGGCUUUAUCGAAAAACACAACGAACAACUUUUCCCGCCGAUGCCUGAUCGACCGCCAAAAGAAGCACUCAUUAAUGCGACUAUUUGUUCUGCAUUACAGGAAAUAAAAGCCCGACAACAACGAGGAUCAGUCGGACAAGUGAGCAAUUCUUGGGACAUGCUACACGGAUGGAGACUUGGGGGACAGCAAAUUUCUCGCCAGUAUGAGUUUAGCACGGUGCCCGUCGAUUCUUCAUCGCCCGGUACCCCAGCCUACCCAGUUAGCUUGGAAUUCUCCGGUACCGCGAAUUCAUCAUCAACGUUGGAUUUCGAGAUCAACCUUGCUCCACUCGAAUCCGAAGGCGCCAGAUCCUCCCACCAAGUUAAGACGUAUCUAGAUACCAGCAGUGGUACAUCUCCGAGUACCUCUAGCAACACUGUGACUUCGAUUGUUGAUGGCAAGCGGGAUGUUGCCGUGCAUGUUGCACAAAAUGAUCAUUCGACGGCCUUCAGCAAGAGGCAUCACGUUUUUGCUGGUGACACCGUCAACUCAUUGGGAAUUCCUUGGCCCAAAUGGGUAAAACUUUUGAAAGGAGAAGAAUCCGAUAAGAGUCUUACGGGCAACGCAGUACAGGCGGUCAUGCCUUCGAAAGUUAUCAAGGUGAUGGUGGCUCCAGGCGAUCAAGUCAAAGCCGGUGAUGGACUCAUUGUGCUUGAAGCAAUGAAGACUGAGGUGGUGUUGAAGGCCUCCAGGGAUGGGACCGUUUCUGAUGUCCAAGCCCGAGUUGGUGACAUGGUCAAGCAGGGCAAAACUCUAGUGGUUUUAUCCCCUGAGGCAUGA